AAGGUGCGAAUCCUUUCUCUGGGGAAAGCCCGCCUGCUUCGGCUCUCCUCCCACCGUCGAUUGCGACGACUUACCGAGCGCGUAGUACCGGGGGCUCACACGUCAGUAAACAAAGCCAGUCACCAUAGUCGUCAACAUGCGUCUACAGGUCGGCCUUGCUGCACUCGGAGCUCUCGCGCUUCCCAUUGCUUCGGCACUGUCGCCUCGGAGCGCUGGAAGCAGCCACGCGACGAGCGAUUUGGGUCCUGAUGAGAAUGGCUUCUGGUGGAUCCACAGCGAGGACCUCUCGGCCGCCUUCAUCCCCUAUGGCGCGUCCAUCGCCAAACUGUUGAUCCACGACAAAUACGGAAUCCAGAGAGACAUCGUAGCCGGCUUUGACAACGCCACCGCCUACGAGCUGGAUCCCACCCAUCCCCACCUCGGCGGCGUUCCAGGUCGAUACGCGAACCGGAUCCAGAACAGUACCUUUGAGAUCGACGGCGAAAUCUUCCACACCGAUGCUAACGAGAACCCCACGGCGGAGGCCCCGAACGGCGCCAAUACGUUGCACGGCGGCCACAAUGGCUGGGAUUUCCGGAGCUUCACUGUCGUCUCUCACUCCAACGAUAGUAUCACAUUUUCCAUCGUUGAUCCCGACGGCGAGCAAGGGUUCCCCGGAGAGGUCAUCUCUUACAUCACCUACACCCUCCGCGACCUCACGUGGGACUUCAAGAUGGUGGCCAUCGCCACCACCAAGAAGACGCCCAUCAUGCUCAGCAGCCACACGUACUGGAACCUAGACGGCUUCGCCAACAACGAGACGAACACGGCACUGAACCACACUUUAUAUUUGCCCUAUAGCGGCCAGCGCGUAGGCGUCGACAACAUCCUAGUCCCGACUGGCGAUAUCCUGGCUAACAAGAGAGGCUCGGUGAACGACUUCUGGAGCGCGCCAAAGCAGAUCGGCGCGGAUCUCGAGAGCCCCGAGGCCUUGGGCAACUGCGGCUUCAACUGCACCGGCUAUGACAACUGCUGGAUUGUCAACCGCGGGCAGAAAGGACAGUAUGACUGGCGCGCCGAGGGCGGGUACGUGGCACGGCUGCAGUCGGCGUGGUCGGGCAUCCAGUUGGACGUGUACACGGACCAGGACGCGUUCCAGAUGUACUCAUGCGGCGGGCAGGACGGGUCACUGCCGCUCAAGACGAGCCAGGGCCUGUUCGGCGCCGACGGCGAGGCGCCGGCCUUCCCGCGCACCAUCCCGAAGUACGGCUGCCUCGUCAUGGAGGUCGAGGAGUGGGUCGGCGGCAUCAACCACCCCGAGUGGCAGCGCGAGAGCAAGCAGAUCUUCGGGCCCGGCGGAGACCCCUACGUCCUCCAGGCGAGCUACGUCUUCAGUAUUAAUACCACUGCGACGACGUCCUAAGGAGGGUCACGUGGGAGUGUCAGAUAGACGCCGUGCGCGGUGAAAGGCGAUGUUCCGGUCGUGGGUAUUUUGUAAGCUAUCUUUACCCACCAGAAUUAGAUGCACUGCCGUCACGACGGUUUGUCCGCCAUCCGUAUAGGUGGCAUAGUGCCUAACAGGCAAUACU